AUGGAUCGUCACUCCCUGGUCAUGCCCCAGCAUAGUGGCAGCACUGACUGUGUGGAAACUCUCCAGGUAUUACAUUCACCUGUCUAUUCUUUUUUUCCUUUUGUAUUUUCUCUGAAAUUAAAUCAUACUGUGAUAUGCCUUUGUGGCUCAUUGGUUUUGUUGUCAGUUCUCAUCAGCCUUUUGGUCUCCCAGCUGCAUAAUUCAAUGGUGUUACAACUUACCUACUUCAAGAAUGUGGAGAUUUCUCAUUUCUUCUGUGACCCUUCUCAGCUCCUCAACCUUGCCUGUUCUGAUACAUUUACCAAUAACAUAGUCAUGUAUUUUGUUGGUGCCAUCUCUGGUUUUCUUCCUAUCUCAGGGAUCUUCUUCUCUUACUAUAAAAUAGUUUCCUCUAUUCUGAGAGUUCCAUCAUCAGGUGGGAAAUAUAAAGCUUUCUCUACCUGUGGGUCUCACCUGUCAAUUGUUUGCUUAUUUUAUGGGACAGGCCUUGGGGUGUAUCUCAGUUCAGCUGUCUCACUUUCUCCUAGGAAGGGUGCAGUGGCCUCAGUAGCAUACACUGUAGUCACCCCUAUGCUUAACCCUUUCAUAUACAGCCUUAGAAACAAGGACAUCAAGAGGGCUAUGUGGAGGCUUUUCAGAAAAAUAGUCUAG